UUAAAUUAGAAGCAAAUAAUUGAAAGUCAUGUAGUUACAGUUGGUGUUUACUCAUUGUCGGUGGGUUCUUGUGAAACUGAAUUAAUUGAAAUUUUAAACUAUACUGCUUGAGAUGCAGAGAGAAUCAGAUAAGUUUUUACCAGAAUUAGAGCCAAAGUGUCAACUGACUUCAGUGAAAUCAUCACCGGCCUACGAAAUCCAGUUCGCCACCGAAGAGAACAAAGACGAAAUCAUAGAUUACUUGAGAGAAAUUUUCUUCAAGGAUGAGCCAUUAAACUCUUAUUUGCAGCUAGUAACAGAGGAUAGUCCUAGUUGUGAACCACUAGAAGAAUUUUCUGUGAAGAACCUUCAUAAUGGUAUAAAUUUGAUGGUCGUUCAUCGUGGAAAGAUCGUAGGUCUCUGCUUGAAUGUGAUUGUGGAAAGAGGUAAAGAGGAGCCCUUCAUUUGUGGAGAUGAAAAGUGUGAUAAAAUCGUGGAUAUUUUGGAUUAUGCAGACAGACAGUGUGAUCCGUUCGCGUUAUAUCCUGAUUGCGAUAGAGGUGUAUCGGUACAAGUAAUUUCCGUGGAGGAACAUCAUAGAGGAAAUGGAAUAGCUACAAAACUUCUGGCAAAAACGAGGGAGCUGGCUAGGCAAAGAGGAUGUGGGUUCAUAGCAAUAGGUUGCACCGGCAAAUUUUCUGCAAAAGUAGCUGAAAAGCUUGGUUUCAAACUUCAAUACUCGCUCAAGUACGCAGAUUACAAAGUUAAUGGAAAGGUCGUCUUUGAACCUGAAGCUCCACAUUCGUCCCUUACUGUAUACACACAAAGGUUACAAUUAGACUCAUAGAUUGGACGAAGUGAUACAUGCUAUUUAAAACACGCACUGCUUCUGAACAGCAAUAUUGCAACUCUUUUCUGGAUAUGAUUUUCGAUUUUCAAUAACUGACAUGGAAUGUCGCAAGAAAUGUAUAUGAUUUUCAAUUGCAUAGAACAAAGGAAGGCGGUGUCAUGAGUCACAAGCUCAAAAAUAUUUCAAUUGAGGAAUUCUAACAUAGACUCCAUAGGAAAUCUACCAAAACAUAAUAUAUUUAUUGUUAUAUCAUUGAAGUGGAGUGACUAUUUUAUUGUAAGAAUUGUUAAAAUGGUUAGUUAUUGUAAAAUACAAUGAAUUAAAAUGGAAAUAACUGAAAAGAUA